UUGAGAUUGAAUCUUAAAAGCUUUUCCCAUAUGGAGACUUCCGUGGUUUUCACCAAACGUGAUGUCACUUGCUCCAAAAAAGCAAUGAAGGGUGGUUGGAAAUCAGCCAUUUUUAUCAUUUUUGUGGAAUUUGGAGAGCGAUUUGCAUACUAUGGAGUGUCAGGAAAUCUGAUCACGUAUCUGACGGUGGUUCUGAAGCAGCCUUUGUCCACCGCAGCCAAAAAUGUGAAUUUGUGGCACGGCGUUUCCGCCAUCUUCCCCAUCCUUGGUGGUUUCCUUGCCGACUCUUUUUUUGGACGAUUCAAUACCAUUGUGUUCUCAUCCCUCACGUAUCUCUUGGGAUUGGUAUUGUUAGUCAUAUCUGUAGAAGCAAUACCUUUGAACCAUCGCAUGCUACCCUUUUUUGUGGCACUUUACGUUAUCAACAUCGGGGAAGGUGGUCACCGUCCCUGCAUCCAGACCUUCGCCGCCGACCAAUUCGACAACAGUCACUCUGAGGAGAAAGCAGCCAAGAGUUCGUUUUUCAACUGGUGGUACUUGGGCAUUGUGAUCGGAGCCACUACCUCCACACUUAUUGUCAUUUACGUUCAAGACAAUGUCGGAUGGGGUUGGGGGUUUGCGAUUCCUGCCAUAGUGGUGGCGUUGGCGCUGGGAGUGUUUCUUUUUAGAAAAAAUACCUAUCGCCGUGAGGAUCCAGUUGGUAGCCCAUUUACAAAGGUGGCUCAUGUGAUGGUGGCGGCGUUUAGGAAGCGACGCUUGUUGCCGGAAAACAGUCAGGGUAUGUGUGUCAAUGAAGAAGAAAGCGGUGACACAACGAUUCAUCCCUUGACUCAUACCAACCAAUUCAGGUUUUUGGACAAGGCAGCUAUUAUAACUGAAACCGAUGUAUCGUCAGGAAAACGCAACCACUGGAGACUUUGCACUGUGAACCAGGUGGAACAGGUGAAGCUCCUCUUGCGGCUGGUCCCAAUAUGGCUAUCUUGCUUGAUGUUUGCGGUAGUCAUAGCGCAACUUAGCACCUUCUACACAAAACAAGGCAGCACCUUAGUCCGCACAAUCGGUUCCACCAACUUCCAACUCCCACCCGCAUCUCUUCAAGUCCUCCCAGGCCUAACCAUCCUAACCGCUGUCCCCCUUUAUGAGCGCCUCCUCAUCCCCACUGCCAGGCGCCUCACCGGCCACCCCUCUGGAAUUACAAUGCUCCAACGAAUCGGAUUUGGGAUUCUCUUCUCAAUCUUGACCAUGAUCGUAUCAGCCUUGGUUGAAUCAAAAAGGGUUAGAAUCGCCACAGAGCAUGGAUUACUCGAUAAUCCAAAUAUAACAGUUCCAAUGAGCGUAUGGUGGCUGGUACCACAAUAUGUAUUGAUGGGUAUCUCAGACAUGUUUACGAUCGUGGGGUUGCAGGAGUUGUUCUACGAUCAAGUGCCGGACGAGAUGAGGAGCAUGGGGGCUGCUGCUUAUUUAAGUAUUCUCGGUGUCGGAAGCUUUAUGAGCAGCGCAUUGAUAUCUAUGAUACAAGGAAUUACAGCCGGGCACGGUGAUGAAUGGCUAAAGGGGGAUAAUUUGAACAGGGCGCACCUUGAUUGCUUUUACUGGGUUUUGGCAUGUUUAAGUGGGUUAAGUUUGAUUUUGUAUGUGGUUUUGGCAAAGGGUUAUGUUUAUAAGGAGGCUCAGAGGGAUGGUGAGGUUUAGUGUGAGUGGUGGACUGUAAUAGCUGGUCUAAUAUUUGUCGGAAACUGUUACUCCGACAAAUAAUAGUUAGUUGCCAGAUUUUAUAACGUUCAUACAAAAAAUAAAAUUGUUUGAUAAUCGUUUUUCUUAAAA